GGUCAAAGCCCUGGGCCCAGCUCGGAACACCAUCGACAAGUUCUUUAGGUGACAACACACACGAAGACCAAGAGGAUGGCAUGUUAUUCUCAGACGGUGAUGAAGACUGACUGCUACCUGGAUCUCAGCCCAGGAUACAGGGAGAAGUCACCAGAUAUUCACCAUGGAGAGAAUGUCCUUGAAGGAGAGGAUGGGGGCACAGCUGAUGAAGGAGCUGAACCUGAACCCUAAAACGCCAAAAACCACAAAAAAAGCAGUCAAGGGAUUCACUGACUUCAUACAGAACGAGGAGACCAACAGUUACAAUAAUGAAGAAAUGUUGCUGGAGCUGGAGAAGGAGUACAUUGAAGCAGCAAAGAUAAAUGAUGUACAGACCAUGAAGAUUCUGGGAAGGGCAGUCAAGGUUGACGCAAAGAACUUGCAUGAUCGCACUGCCCUGCACUAUGCAGUUGCUGGAAAAAACAUAGAGGCCGUCCAAGUCCUUCUCCAGCGCAGAGCAAACAUCAAUCAAGAGGACAAGCAUGGAGUGACAGCCAUCCACCUGGCUGCCUGGUUUGGGAGUCUGCCCAUCCUGAAGUUGCUUGUGCAGGGUGGUGCUGAUCAGAAGGUUGAGAAUGCGCUGGGAAUGAACAUCAUGCACUGUGCUGCCAUCAACAACCACACUGACAUAAUGACAUUCAUCAUCUACGACCUGAUGAUGAAAGAGCUGGACAAAGAGGACCUGUCUGGACACAGAGCGUUUGCUUUGGCAGCAGAGCAUGGCUCUGUGGAGAUGCUGCAGAUGUUGAUGGAGGAGGCAUACAAUAUGGCCACCAUGGAGGAAGACCAGAAUAGGAACACACCUCUGCAUUUGGCUGCCGGCAAUGGCCACUUGGAUGUCGUCCAGCUACUGCUGAAGAGCUUUGAAACUCGCAAUGAAGUCAAUAUGGCUGGGGAGACGGCUCUAUACCUGGCUGCUGGCGCUGGCCAUGAGGACUGCGUCCAGGCUCUGUUGGAGGCAGGCUGUGACCCAAACAUUGUCACCAUGGACCAAAGCAGUGCUCUACACCCUGUCUCAGAGAAGGGCCACACAUCGUUGGUGAGACUCCUCAUAGAGAACUCGGCCCACUUGGACUUACAAAACCAGCACCUCCAGGCUCCUCUCUACCUGGCAGUGAAGAACUGUCACAUCCCUGUCAUACACACACUGCUCGAGGCUGGCUGCAACAUCAACGUCACUGAUCACAGGUCCCAGACUGUCCUGCAUGUCGCUGCAGAGCUGGCCAGAGUGGACAUUGUUGAGAUGCUUCUGAAAGCUGGGAUGAACCUAGUCCUCCAAGACAAGCAGGGUAAGACAGCACUGGGUGUGGCAGCCCGAGCAGACGAGGUCAUCAUCGUUGACAUGAUCAUCAAGGCAGAGAGAUAUUUGACAUGGAGGAUGGCCAACACUGAGCUUAAUGAGAACCUUCACAGCCAGACUCCGCUGACGUUUAAAUUAGACCACCGCACGGAGAGCAAACAGACCCGCAGCACUGCCUGGCACCUGGCCUACCGCCUGCUGAAGCCAGGCGACUGGAAGAGGCUGGCUCUGCACUGGCAUUUCACUGAGCAGCAGGUGGCUGCCAUCGAGGAGCAGUGGACAGGGCAGCAGAGCUACCAGGAACAUGGGAACAGGAUGCUGUUGAUCUGGCUUCAUGGGGUAGAGCUGGCCCAAAGGAGUCCUGCUAAAGAGCUGUACCAGGGCCUGCUUGCCAUAGGCAACAAGACUAUAGCAGAUAAAAUACGAAUGGACACAGAGGAAGGAGACAUGAAGAAAUGCAUCCUUUCAUAAAGGCUCUGGAUCUCAGCCUGGGCCGCAUCCACGUGCUACUCACCGGGAGAGGGAAAAGAAGGAGAGAGGGACGAGAAAGAGUGGGGGAGGAGGAGAGAGAGGGAUUAAUUAAUGUAUCAUCGUUGUUAAACGUACCGUAAUUAAAAUUCAAAGGUAACAUUGUGGAAAACAUGAGGCUAGAUUGUUACUGAGGAAUAAAGAUUAAAGGGAAGCAUGUUUCAAAUCACUAACUCUGAACUGACCACAGUCUGCAAUGUCUGCUCCAUUCCCUCUCUUCUCUCACUCACAGUAAUAACCAUCUCUCCCUCACUGUGCUAGGCCUGUGUUCUGCUCUAGCUCCAUUCUUUCUCUUCACGUCUAUGGUACUGCCAAUAACUCUAGCCGAUUCAAAUCCUCUCUUCCAUUCCAAUACCCCCCUCCCUCCGUUUCUGCUAGGACUGCUCUACUACAUGUCUAUGGCUCAAUCACUGCUCUAGCUCCUCUCUCACUGGGCUUUCAGCCUCCAUCAAUUACAUGUUUAGUCAAUCAAGCUCACUCACUGUGAUUGAUGAAUAACUGCUGCACUAAAGCAAUGUUAUUAACCUCUCCACAAAACCUGGUUUACAGACAAACCUUCAAAAAUGUGUAUUUGCCAUUUAAAAAGCUGUCAGGUCUGCAGAACUGUGCAAUAUGGCGAGUGACAACUAUUUAUAUAAGACCAUGUUAAUUCAGUCUCUGUUGUCCAGUUAGUGUAGCUAGCUACUGUUCUGUGCUCAUGUAAACUCUGGGUAAAUUGUCUUAUUUUAGUACAGAACACCCAACAAAAACAAAUUCACAUUUCAGAGUGUUAGAAUUACAU